GGAACAUUAACUAUGCAAGCAUGGCGUCUGAGGCCUGGACUGCGGAACUGAGCCCUCUAUCGAGAACUUGCCAGAAUUGCGCCGAUUCAAAGGUCCGAUGCGUUCGUAACGGAGAAGAAGUCUGUACUCGAUGCCGCCGUUUGGGCAAGGAAUGCGUUGAACGCAAAGCACGCCGUCGCUUUUAUGGAUUUCAAAAAGAUUUAAAGAUUAAGGCUCUCGAGUCUAAGAUCGACGAACUCAAGAGGACGCGAACUGCUUCAUCUAGGAGUCGCAGUCCCAAUAGCGUUGAUAGCAUAGAUGCAGCCCCUAUUCACAUAGCCGAGGAAGAUGUCAUCGACCAUGGCUUUCUAUCCAUGGAUAUGGCUGAAUCUCUGGUCCAUACGUUCAAAAAUGACAUGCUUUCACAUUUCCCCUUUGUCAUUAUUCCUCCCCUCGUCAGUGCUGCAGACCUCCGUCGAGAAAAGCCAUUCUUGUUCCUGGCCAUCCUGGUGUCGGCUUCAUUUCUAGAUGUGGCGCUGCAGCGAGCAUUAGAUGCCGAGGUGAAGAAAGCUGUGGCUUCUCAUAUGAUAAUCAACGGGAAGAUAUCGUUUGAUCUGCUCCAAGGAUUGAUGGUGUAUAUUGCGUGGACGCACUAUCAUGCCCGACCGCAUCGCUAUUCCCAAUUCAUGCAACUGGCCAUUAGCAUCAUUAUUGAGCUACGUCUAGACAGAGCGCCACAAACAAAGACAUGGAAGACCGGUAUCCGAUUUGCAGAUCAGCCUCCCUCGGAAAUCGAAACCCAUACCCGGCCGUACUGGGGUCUUGAUGAACAAAGAGCCAUUGUGGGGUGCUACUAUCUCGCUUCUACAAUCUCAAUUCUUACUCAAAAACAGUCCAAUUUCCCUCACACACCGUACAUAGAAAGUUGCAGCAAGUCCGUAUACAAUGCAGGGGGGGCUCCAUAUGACAAAUACAUGUUCUAUAUCGUUCGACUACAGGUUUUGGCGGAGAAGAUCGAUCGAUUAUCUAUUCGACAUGCCGUAGAAUUUGGAAGUCCGGGCUCGGCCGCCGAGUUGUACGUGACAUCUUUGAAAUCAGAUUUGGAGACAUUUGUUGCUGAACUGCCCUUUGGGCUAUAUGAUUUCCCGCUUCUUGCCAUACAGUUCCAAACAGCUGAGCUGUGUUUAUAUCAACUCAGUUUAUCUGCAAUUAAGCAGCCGAUACUGACCCAUGCUCCACCUGGUAACAGGUUCGGAGAUGAAUUUCUGUAUGCUGCAUUGGUUGCAGCUUCAUCGACCCUUAAUGUAUAUCUUUCACUACCGUCCGCGUCCGAAACGGCAUUGAGCAACACCCAGUGGGUGCAACUGGGAUUUGCCAUGAUUGUAGGAAGUAAGUUGAUUGCUACUGCGAGUUCCAAACUGGGGCCGGAGCCAGCCGUUGCUCAGCGUAGAGCCUCGUGGAUCAGCACUUUGGAACAGUUGAGAUUGCGGAUUAGUGUGCUGGCCACCGCUCAUACAAGUCAGAGUAGAGAUCGCAACGUUUUCGAUUAUUUUCAGCAACGCGUUGUUUAUAUUCAGAGGUGGUUUGACAGACAGGACGCUCCAGCAGCAUUGUCUAUUCCCACAAGCGAUUCAGAAGGAUUUAUGUAUUGGGAAAAUCGACAUGAUCUCUUCGCGGACAUAAACUUUGAAGACUUUUUCACAUCCCCAGAAGAUGAGCAUUUAAAUGUCGCUAUCGAUCGGAUGAUGAAUGGUUGGGUAGGAUGACAGCUUGUCUGAUCAUCGGUUUUAUUCUCGCAAUGCAGCACUUCAUAUUCCUAUAUGGGAAUGUUGGGAUGUUGGGGAGUCGCUCAAGACCCUUUUCCUUCCAGUUUGAUUAUAUUGGUAAUGAGUAACGAAAAAAUUUAGUCUAUAUUGCGUCUUGGUAACUUAUAAGGAUUACUAACCCCUUCCUUCAAUUCACACUGCAAUGUUGAGAGAGUGCGAAUUGGGGCUGAACUAUCUCCGUUCCGAAAGUGUCAGACUUUCUCUUUUUCUUUUUCGGGUAAGUGUGAUGUAUCUCCGAGCCGAUCUAAAUUGUUUAUAUUCAAGAUUACCACACCGUAGAACCAGACAUGCAUUACACUACCAAUAUUAUUAAACUAUCUAGAUUUCACCCUUCUCUUUUUGUUUAUCAUCAUGACAAUUCUUUCUUUCGCACUCGCUCACACAUUUGGUAUCAACAGCGGAGACUGCAUUGAGACAAGCGUUU